UCCACGUCCUACGGAGGCACCCGGACGCCCGACAGCAGCUCCACGGAUGUAUCUCGACCUUCCGACCUGCGGACCGGACCAGCUACUCGAGCUGGGUCGGGCUUGACCCCAUCAUUAGAUCCCAGCUCACGUCCUCUUGCCAGCCGUCCGGCUAACAGGGACCGGAUACCUCCGCCUCCGCCCAAGAGUCAUCAUGGAAAACGGAUCGCCCCUAGCCCUGGCGUCACACCCUCGCUCACCCAGACCACCCCUGGCAAGGCGACCAACCGCUUCUCUUUCCAUGGCUCCCCAUCUGAGCCAUCCUACUCCCCCCGGCCACCUCAAUCGGGGUCCGACUAUUUCUCCGCUAAGCCCAAAGACGAGCCGCCGUCGACCGAGCAGUCGACAGAGUCCCUCCGGCGGAGUCAAUCGCAGCAUAAGCGGCCCCCAACUCCGCCGCUGAGUCGACGGCACAGUCAGAUGAGACGGUCGAAGACCACCAUGUCCAAAGUCAACCCAUUACGGUUAUCCAUCCAUGUAGCACAGGCCUCGAGCGCGGCAUCGUCGUCAUCAUCGCCGCCACCUAGUCCAAGUGGCUGGUCCCUGAACCCAGCACGAACUCGGGAGUCCCGUACGGGCAGUACCCCGUCCGAGGAGCCCAUGCAUACUGCAACUUCAACCCUGCGUCCGGAGCCCUCUGCAGCCGCACCGGUGUCGCCCACAGAAACGUCACAGUCGACGUCAACAGGAUCGUCGACGAAGCGGACCUCACUUUACAACCCCCUCCCCCCGCCUCCGCCGCCGCGACGCUCUCGCGGAUCGAGCAACCACAGCAUUGACAGCAGUGGCCAGAGUCUCCGAUCGGGCAAACCAGCCGACGAGACAACGGCGGCGCCGGCAGCGCCAGCAGCGCAGGACGAGUUCGUCCCGCAUCCAUCAAACGCCCAUGAUAUCCUGGCCGAUUUGAGCCGGUUACAGAAAGAAGUAGACGAUUUGCGCGGGCAUUACGAGAGCCGAAAGGCCAGCCAAUAG